CUAUCAGAUGUGGAGCCCAACGUAUUCCUGCGGCCCUUCCUGGAGGUGGUACGAUCUGAAGACACCACCGGACCAAUCACAGGCCUGGCCCUCACCUCUGUCAACAAGUUCCUUUCCUACGGCCUCAUAGGUGAGCAGCACAGCUGUCCUCAUACACACAGACAGACCUGUCAGGGCAAAAAGCCAACACUUUUGUCCAAGCAUUUAUGAUAUAGCACUAUAAGAGAUGGCACUAUAAGGUGCCAUGUCAGUUAUUUAGCCUUGAUAUUGUAAGUAAUGUAGCAUUGACAGAGAUUUCUGUGUGGGACCAUUACGUUGUUCUUAAAGACAGCUUUCCAUUAAGAGGGGUGACUUGUUUAUAUUGGCAAUCUGUGAGAACACAGUCAUCAUGGACUCGUUAUCAAUGCUUAAAUGGACUUGUUGUUUACUACACAAAUAGUACUGCCCGUCCUUGCUAGCGUCCUCGCUAGCGUCCUCAUGGAAAUGUGGCAAGCAUGUAUCUCCAGAUGUUAUUCUAAAUAGCAGGGGUAGAAUAAAUGUUACAUCUCCCACCGUCAAAACAGCUGCAACCCCUCGCUAAACUAAAUAAGCUCCAUUGUAACAUUGAAUAACACCAUUUAUCGCAUCCCUGUCCUGAACAUGUUGUUUUUAUUGGCCUGUAAUUUUAUCAUUCAGCUGUUAUGUUGGCCAGUAUUCUGUGAAUAAAACAAAUGUGGGAAGGGUAGGCUAUGUGUAAUUUAGAUUUCAGCUCCACGACCAUUGCUUUUGGCAUGUGUCCUGAGGUGUACCGUAGUUGUGUUUUUCGAGACUGAUCCUGCAAGCCCUUGGUAUACCUGGCAAACUGAGUCUAGACGCACAUACUCACACACGCUCACACACGCUCACACACACCACACCACACUCCCACAAACCACACACCAUCACAGAUCAGCCUUUCAAAUCACUCCCCGACUCCCAGAGCCCCUGUCUGUCACUCAAAACCCAACGCCUGCUUCCUAAUCCUAUAACCCCCCCCCCCCCCCCCCCCCCCCCCCCCCCCCACACACACACACCUCAUCAGCGGGGUUCAAAGGGGUGGGUAACCAUGGCAACGUGACCCAGCGGCCCUCAAGACAAUGGCCCUCCAGCGCAGAAUGAAGAGAAGGAUAUGACACGCUCAGAUAUUACCCUCCGUUUGAAUUAAAUCUGUGUUCCUCAAAUGCUGUGAGGUCUUUCCCAGCUUGUUUAACACACUGAAGUCAAUGGCAUCAUUUUCCCCUAUACCAUCUGUCUGCUCACACAGCAAGUGGCUAGUUGGAUCACACAGUCGUUAGACGUAUUGAGGAGCUGAUAAUGGUUAGGAAGUACUGGUUGUUUUGGACUCUGAUCGUACAUAAAUACAUGAAUUUUUCAACAGCAUAUUACUGUACAAUAAAUGUAAUGUAGCUGUAGUUAAAUACUUAAUCUGUCUAAUAAAAUGCUAAAUAAUGAUUGAGUUGUAAUGGAGAUUGUAUCUAUAAAGUAUUAUGAUUUAAAUUGAAAAAUAAAUGAUAGAGCUUUGAUCAAUGAAAUUGAUUAAUUUUAGGCCUUCCCGAAAAAGUUGUAAAAUACUGAAAAUGAUUUCUAAUUGUAAUCUAUUUAGACAUUAACAUCGUUAUUCAAUAGAUUAGCGUAUUCACUAGAAUAACUUAUUCACUUCACGACUAGAAUAUGUACUUACUGUAGAAUCUCAGAUAAGAACGAAGGCAGGUCAUCAAGUUGGUCCUGAUGUCUUGUUGAUUAGACAGUAAGUAGUGCCAAAUUACAGGGCUUAAUUACCAUUUAAACCCAAAUAGUUCCUAAAUACUGCCUUAGUUAUUUUCUGGUACUUACGACAUGGUCAUUUAAAGGAAGUGCCAGUACCUAGUCAUUUACAAUUGACUGCAGAGUCGGAGAGAAACUUCUUACCUUAAUAACCAGGUGAACAACAGACGGUCUGUCUCAUGUUCAUAGAGUCAUGUGAGAUUGAAUGAACGAAUUAAUGAUCUUUCAGAGUCAAAGGGUUUUUAUACUAAUGAGCCUGCUCCAUUAGUUUGUUCUGAUUAGGCCUAUCUGCAGUGAAAAGUCAACUUAGUAUCCCUCUGUUCAGAUAUUUAUGAGAGCUGGCUAUCUAUAUUAGCUAAAGAUAUGACAUGUAGCCUACAUUAGUACUGCACACAUAGGCCUACUCAAUCUAUCAAAACUUUGGGAAACGAAAUGUUGCUUUCAAAACCCCAGCCAAAGGAAAUGUCUAAAGUUUUUUGUUGGCCAUUUAUCACACCGUUGUACAAGCGGUAUAAGAGGUUUAAAAUGACUUCUGUUGGUGGUGAAUGACUGAUACUAAGAGACAGGCAGAGGGCUGAUCCUGUUAAACACUGCCAUCUGCUGGCUGCAGUGCCAAAAAUGUUUAGAUUUACUGGUCAGUCCCUCGUUUUUGAUCAUUUUAUUUGUCAAUUUGUAAUAAUUGCUAUAGUUUUUUCCAUUAGAUGUAUGGUAAGCCUUACGCUAAUUAGAAUCUCUCAAUAGAUUUCUCAACAUCAGCUUACAUUGAUUAGGGAUCAAUUCACUUUGGGAUAGUUUUCCCUCACUAUAAUGUUGUCUGUUAUGGAAACAAUGAACAGUUUUCUUCAAGUAUCACAACUGAAAAGUCCAAUUGCAAAAACAUUUUAAUAACAGGGAUAAUGCGGCCACUGGUGGCAGGCUAAAUACGUCUCUCUCAGUCUGUCUGCUUUGUUGUAUAGACGUAGUGGAGGUUUUUCUUUGUCUUUGAAUGAAUACAGAGCUCUACUGUCUCCCAUGCCUGUGAUGUGGUGGAGAGGGCUCAGUGCAAGUUUACAUAUUCUUAAUAUCCCUUCCCAAGGCUCCUCUCAGGAAAAACACACCGCAGCAUGUAGCCCUGUUCCUUUUACCCUGCUUUCACUCCGAACAUGUUCCCCUUCGUGUCGUCCCUUUGUCCCCCCGUCCCCCUUCCUCUAUUUGCAAUGGGCCCUGCCUUACCCAGUCUGUCGCCCUGGGGGGUCCGGAGAAGACGGAAGGAAGAGAGGGAAAUUACACACAAACACUCCCACUCGCGCACACAUUUCAUUUAGUGAGGGCUAAUUCCCCUCAAUCUGUGGCCUGAGGUCUGCUGGCACGGAGGGAGUGCUGGCCUAAGCCCCUCCACUGAUGGACAUCCUGAUCCCCUCCUCUCCAACAUCCCUCAGAGCCUAGAGGCAGCACCACUCAGCCUGCUGAAGGCAGCCAUGGCCACACCGGCUCAUAGGACAGCUCAACUGAGCAUUUGCCUUCAUUACCCGCUCAAAAGAGAGGUGUUACAUCAUAUAGGCAUUUAUAUAUAAAACAUUUUUUAACAUGAAGGCCAGUAAAGUCAACUUUUAAUGCAGUGAAAAUAUUAUUGCAACAUUUGACGAUCUGAUAGAGGUAUUUUACAAAAAUGUUACCUGGGGCUGUCUGAUAAUGGGUUGUAGUGCUAUUCAAUCACAAUUAUUUUAUAAAGCCCAUUUUACAUCAGCAGUUGUCACAAAGUGCUAUUCAGAAGGAGACAGGUGAGCUUGCACUUACACUAAGGACUCCAGAGGCACUUACACUAAGGAAAAGUACACACCCUUUUGUUUGAUUUGAGGAGAUGUAUUGGUCAUUGUACAGUAUGUGCCUCUGGAGUUUUUGUGUGUGUGGCAAACCCACUCUCCUCUCACUCGGCAGUUCUUUUAAUUAUCGGAGAGUCUGAAUGUUCUUUUUUAACGUCUUACUACAGGACAGCUGUUCCAGCCACGCACGCCCAGCCAGCGGUGUUAUUUUCACAAUGGUCCUCCCCUUCUUAGGCUAGAGUUUGCCAAUAGGGAUUAGUAUUUUUAUCACUUCUGACAUUCUGCUGGAUAGCCCGUGGCUCCAGUUUCUGUGGUGGGAUGAGACGUUUUCAGUACAACUUCCAUGGUUGUUGUCACCCUCGCCUCUUGAGGGAUGUUGGCAUUACUCAGUUUCAUUCGGCUAACCACGUUCCGCCGUUUCUCUGCUUCCACUCAACUGUCAUUCACUCGAGUUUUCUCACAGCAUCGACAAACGCUCCAAGACUUUACACACACUCUUUCACUAAACAUCUCACUGAUAAGUAACUUCUCCCCACUUCAUUUUGCUAAUGACAGCGAUUAUCGAUGGUCAGUGGGAAGGAUGGCACCAGCCUAAACCUCUCCCCCGCCCCUGCCUAAACCCCUCCUAUUGUUUAUCUGUCAAUAAAUAGAAUGUUGUGUGGCAUCAGAGCUCUACCUGGAAAGGCUUUCACUUGUUCUCCCUCUACUUCCCCUAGUAUGCUCUGCUUAUUAGGCCUAGUUAAUGAAAUGCUCCUUUUAAGAGCGAUGUCAAAAGAAAAACAUGCUGGCUCCAGGCCGCUAUCUGGCCCUGUUGGGUUUCAAAACACUGGCUCCUGUUGCCUAGACAGCCAAUUGGCCAGCACUACCCACAAAAGGCCACAUCUGGUGAUUAGAUCUCCAGGCUUUGAAGGACCUUCUGGAUGGACCGUGUGUGUGUGUGUGUGUGUGUGACCAUCAGAUAUAAGAUUUAUUGGCUCAACGGUCCAAUCAUCCAAUCAUGCAGUGCUAUCACUUGUCAGAAAACCUGUCCUCUCUGCAUUAUCUGUUUGACAGCAGCUGUCUGUGCAUUAAACAUGCAUUAAUGUAAUGAUGCGCUUCUAGAUAGUUUUGUUUCCCCCUUUGCCUUAGCAUGGAGCUGGUGGCCACACCAGAUACUGACUGUUACUUUUCAUUUUGACCCCCCCCCCCCCCCCCCUUUGUUCAAGGACACAUUAUUCAAUUUCUGUUAGUCACAUGUCUGUGGAACUUGUUCAGUUUAUGUCUCAGUUGUUGAAUCUUAUUAUGUUCAUACAAAUAUUUACACAUGUUAAGUUUGCUGAAAAUAAACGCAGUUGACAGUGAGAGGACGUUUCUUUCUUUGCUGAGUUUAUUUAGACCCCUUGACUUUGUCCACAUUUUGUUACGUUACAGCCUUAUUUUAAAAUGGAUUAAAUAAAACAUUUUCCUCAUCAAUCUACACACAAUACCCCAUAAUGACAGAGCAAAUACAGGUUUUUAGAAAUGUUAGCACAUUCAUUAAAAAAACUGAUAACUUAUUUACAUAAAUAUUCAGACCCUUUGCUAUGAGACUCGAAAUUGAGCUCAGGUGCGUCCUGUUUCCAUUGAUCAUCCUUGAGAUGUUUCUACAACUUGAUUUGGAGUCCACCUGUGGUAAAUUCAAUUGAUUGGACAUGAUUUGGAAAGGCACACACCUGUCUAUAUAAGGUCCCACAGUUGACAGUGCAUGUCAGAGCAAAAACCAAGCCCUGAGGUCGAAGGAAUUGUCCGUAGAGCUCCGAGACAGACAGGAUUGUGUCAAGGCACAGAUCUGGGGAAGGGUACCAAAAAAAUUCUGCAGCAUUGAAGGUCCCCAAGAACACAGUGGCCUCCAUCAUUCUUAAAUGGAAGAAGUUUGGAACCACCAAGACUCUUCCUAGAGCUGGCCGCCCGGCCAAACUGAGCAAUCGGAGGAGAAGGACCUAGUUCAGGGAGGUGACCAAGAACCCGAUGGUCACUCUGACAGAUCUCCAGAGUUCCUCUGUGGAGAUGGGAGAACCUUCCAGAAGGACAACCAUCUCUGCAGCACUCCACCAAUCAGGCCAUUAUGGUAGAGUGGCCAGACGGAAGCCACUCCUCAGUAAAAGGCACAUGACAGCCCGUUUGGAGUUUGCCAAAAGGCACCUAAAGGACUCUCAGACCAUGAGGAACAAGAUUCUCUGGUCUGAUGAAACAAAGAUUAAACUUUUUGGCCUGAAUGCCAAGCGUCACGUCUGGAGGAAACCAGGCACUGCUCAUCACCUGACCAAUACCAUACCUGCGGUGAAGCGUGGUGGUGGCAGCAUCAUGCUGUGGGGAUGGUUUUCAGCGGCAGGUACUGGAAGAGUAGUCAGGAUCGAGUGAUAGAUGAACGGAGCAAAGUACAGAGAGAUCCUUGAUGAAAACCUGCUCCAGAGCGCUCAGGACCUCAGACUGGGGUGAAGGUUCACCUUCCAACAGGACAACGACCCUAAGCACACAGCCAAAAGAACGCAGGAGUGGUUUCGGGACAAGUCUCUGAAUGUCCUUGAGUAGCCCGGACUUUAACCUGAUCUAACAUCUCUGGAGAGACCUGAAAAUAGCUGUGCAGCGACGCUCCCCAUCCAACCUGACAGAGCUUGAGAGGAUCUGCUGAGAAGAAUGGGAGAAACUCCCCAAAUACAGGUGUGCCAAGCUUGUAGCAUCAUACCCAAGAAGACUCGAGGCUGUUAUUGCUGCCAAAGGUGUAUCAACAAAGUACUGAGUAAAGGGUCUGAAUACUUAUGUAAAUGUGAUAUUUCAAUUUUUUAUUUGUAAAACAUUUGCAAAUAUUUAUAAAAACCUGUUUUGUCAUAAUGGGGUAUUGUGUAUAGAUUGAGGGGGAAAAACUAUUUAAUCCAUUUUAGAAUAAGGCUGUAACGUAACAAAAUGUGGAAAAGGUAAAGGGGUCUGAAUACUUUCCGAAUGCAGUGUGUGUAUUCUCAAUGAAUUUGGUGGCGUUUUUUUCCCCCCUGUUCAGAGAAAUUAGUCAUUGAAGUUGUUGUACAUGAAGCGUAUAAAUGCUAAUAUAGGUACCAUUGACUUGCAUUAGAUUUGUGACACAUGCUAAAAAGUUAGCAUUUGAAACAGUGGACAACAAAACCAACUCAUGGAUUGUUGUCUUACCUUCUCCAUAGACUGCUUACAUGGUGAGGAAACCAAUGUCAUUUUGUAAUUUGGGUGAACUAUCUGUUGAACAUUGAGGGCGGGGGGGCAAAUUGGGUGCAAACAAGUAGCUUAAUUUCUCAGGUCAAAUUAUAUUUCAACCAAAUAAUGUUGCAGGGAAUGCUAAUCUUAUCUGUUUUGUAACAAUUUCAGAACAAUCUGAGAUGGUAGGUGUCGAAAUCCUCUUUCUUGUGCUUUUUGAGGUGGAACAACCCCAUGGUCUUUUACUUAGAAUUUUUGCUAUUUUAAUUCUUCAAUUGCUCAGAUGACAAAAUGGUGUCUUCAUUGAUCAUAUUGGAACAGAAUAGUGGUUUAGUUGGUCUGGAAAACAAUGUCUGCCACACAGGUAUGUUCGUUUCGAGGUUGAAGGCCACCAUGAGGAUUUCCUUAACAUCAAACGUUUCACAGACUGGCUUGUUGCACAGGACUGGCAUCUGGUAAAAAGAUGGCAUUAUCAAUGUGGCAUUCCUCUCAAUAACAUCCUCCUCGACCUGCCUGCUUUGGACUGGCCUCCAUGCAGGGGAUACAGCAACACUCGCUAGCGGCUAACACUUAUUUCCCUUUCUCAGUUCGUUCUUGUUUUGAAGGACAAUGCUAUCCAACAUUGUAAUGUGCCUCUCACACAGUUUCAAAUGUAGUUGUCACUUAAAUUCAGCUGAAGUGUUGUGAGUGAAACUUGGCAGACUUGAGGCUUGAAUGAGCAGUGUAAGAAAUGAGCGGUUUAUAAAAUGUCUGCUGAUUUAAGGAGAUGAUCACAGUGGCCAUCUUGUUGUCUGUCCUGUGCAGAUGCUAACCACGAGGCGGCGGCGGAGGCCAUCGAGAACAUGGCGGACGCCGUCACACACGCCAGAUUCGUAGGGACGGACCCCGCCAGCGAUGAAGUAGUGCUCAUGAAAAUCCUACAGGUAAUCUUACAGCUAGAAUCUUACAGCCAAACGUGCACCAGACGAUGAUCAGUCAAACGUGUUUAUUUCAAACAAGCCCCAUCUCAAAUGUAACCCUAUUACCCAUUUACAGUAGUGGACUAUGCCAUAGUUCUGAGUCAUAGGCUCUGGCUAAGACACUGAAUUAAACCCCAGCAAAAAAAUAAAACGUCCCUUUUUCAGGACCCUGUCUUUCAAAGAUAAUUCGUAAAAAUCAAAAUAACUUCACAGAUCUUCAUUGUAAAGGGUUUAAACACUGUUUCCCAUGCUUGUUCAAUGAACCAUAAACAAUUAAUGAACAUGCACCUGUGGAACGGUCGUUAAGACACUAACAGCUUACAGACGGUAGACAAUUAAGGUCACAGUUAUGAAAACUUAGGACACUAAAGAGGCCUUUCUACUGACUGAAACACACCAAAAGAAAGAUGUCCAGGGUCCCUGCUGAUCUGUGUGAACGUGCCUUAGGCAUACUGCAAGGCGGCAUGAGGACUGCAGAUAAAUUGCAAUGUCCGUACUGUGAGAUGCCUAAGACAGCACUACAGGGAGACAGGACGGACAGCUGAUGGUCCUCGCAGUGGCAGACCACGUGUAACAACACCUGCACAGGAUCGGUACAUCUGAACAUCACACCUGCGGGACAGGUACAGGAUGGCAACAACAACUGCCCGAGUUACACCACGAACGCACAAUCCCUCCAUCAGUGCUCAGACUGUCCGCAAUAGGCUGAGAGAGGCUGGACUGAGGGCUUGUAGGCCUGUUGUAAGGCAGGUCCUCACCAGACAUCACCGGCAACAACGUCACCUAUGGGCACAAACCCACCGUCGCUGGACCAGACAGGACUGGCAAAAAGUGCUCUUCACUGACGAGUCGCGGUUUUGUCUCACCAGGGGUGAUGGUCGGAUUCGCGUUUAUCGUCGAAGGAAUGAGCGUUACACCGAGGCCUGUACUCUGGAGCGGGAUCGAUUUGGAGGUGGAGGGUCCGUCAUGGUCUGGGGCAGUAUGUCACAGCAUCAUCGGACUGAGCUUGUUGUCAUUGCAGGCGAUCUCAACGCUGUAUGUUACAGGGAAGACAUCCUCCUCCCUCAUGUGGUACCCUUCCUGCAGGCUCAUCCUGACAUGACCCUCCAGCAUGACAAUGCCACCAGCCAUACUGCUCGUUCUGUGCGUGAUUUCCUGCAAGACAGGAAUGUCAGUGUUCUGCCAUGGCCAGAGAAGAGCCCAGAUCUCAAUCCCAUUGAGCACGUCUGGGACCUGUUGGAUCGGAGGGUGAGGGCUAGGGCCAUUCCCAUCAGAAAUGUCCGGGAACUUGCAGGUGCCUUGGUGGAAGAGUAGGGUAACAUCUCACAGCAAGAACUGGCAAAUCUGCUGCAGUCCAUGAGGAGGAGAUGCACUGCAGUACUUAAUGCAGCUGGUGGCCACAUCAGAUACUGACUGUUACUUUUGAUUUUGACCCCCCCCCCCCCCCCUUUUGUUCAGGGACACAUUAUUCAAUUUAUGUUAGUCACAUGUCUGUGGAACUUGUUCAGUUUAUGUCUCAGUUGUUGAAUCUUGUUAUGUUCAUACAAAUAUUUACACAUGUUAAGUUUGCUGAAAAUAAACGCAGUUGACAGUGAGAGGACGUUUCUUUUUUUGCUGAGUUUAUAUGGGGAAUGGGUUGUCACGUUUCUUUUUUUGCUGAGUUUAUAUGGGGAAUGGGUUGUCAUUUGAAACUUCAUACAAGUGUAUUUCAUGCAUGAAUACCCUGGCUGGAUUCCCUUUGAGGUUGAACUUUUACUGUAUUAUUGCAUACCUCGUAAACAGAGGAGGCUGGUGGGAGGAGCUAUAGGAGGAUGGGCUCAUUGUAAUAGCUGGAAUGGAAUAAAUGGACAGAGUCAAACAUGUGGUUUCCAUGUGUUUGAUACCGUUCCAAAUAUUCCAUUCCAGCCAUUUCAAUGAACCCGUUCUCCUAUAGCUCCUCCCACCAGCCUCCUCUGUUCGUAAUGGCCCAUGUAGAACUGAGAUGGCAACCCUGAAUGUUACGCACACACUCACAUGAACACAUACUGUCUCUGCCUUAACAGGUCCUGAGGACUUUGCUGCUCACGCCCGUAGGAGCCCACCUGACCAACGAGUCUGUGUGUGAGGUCAUGCAGUCGUGUUUCCGCAUCUGCUUCGAGAUGCGCCUCAGCGGUGAGUUCUCUCUCAGUAAUUCUCCCAGUGAUUGAUACACCUGGAAGGAACUGCAGCUAGUCCACAUGAUUUGCUAAAUCUAAGCUGUAUUUUAUUAAGCUUUUCCAGGGGAAAAAAUCUGGAACUCCUAGAUAUGAACCCGAUUCCCACGUUUAGCUUCCAUGGACUCCGGUGUCCUCUUCACACUCAACUACAACUCUCACCUCCUCCUUCAGUCAUUAGUAGUUCACUACCCCCCUUUACCCCCCAACCCUCCCUCAGUCCCUGAGCUGUGCUUUAAUAAAAUGCCCUCCUUAUCCAGGCCAAACAGACAGACAAGAGGACCCAGCCUGGCCUCUCUCCUCUUGUCCUCUGGGCUGUAAUGGCACCUGCCUUGUUUGUUUUGCCCUCUCCACAGAGCUCCUGAGGAAAUCAGCCGAACACACACUGGUGGACAUGGUGCAGCUGCUGUUUUCCAGGUAACGGGAGGGGUGGGGGUGUGUGUGAGACAAGCCCAAGCCUCCCCACCGUACACUUGGACUGGAAACCUUCAGGAAAUGAACUUCCAGUUUGUCUAUAGAGAACCCUUUCAAUUAGGAUAUUGGAUUAGAGCGCCUACCCAGAAAACCACCGGGAGGGAAAGUUGGUAGGGUUAGGGCUUACCUCACUGUGCUCUGUGUAAAUUACAAGUCUGUUUAAUUUUACAAGUUGCUUCAUAAUCAGUGUCUGACUUUUUAGUUUGAAGAUCAUUUGGUAAACUUAAAAUCCCGGUCCUCGUCAUCAGACCUGCGAACCAUUGGUUCUGUAAACGACCAUGUUAAAGCGCCAAUGAUCAUCAUUCAAGCUUUUUAAUACAAAAGUCAGUUUACCAUCUACUGGUAAUGGUAUAAUCCCUGUCAAGCCUCAAUAGGAAUUAUCAUUAAAUACAGUGCCUUCAGAAAGUUUUCAUACCCCUUGACUUUAUCUACAUUUUGUUGUGUUACAGCCUGAAUUUCAAAUUUUAUUAAAUUGAGAUUUUGUGUUACUGGCCUACAAACAAUACCCCAUCAUGUCAAAGUGGUAGAAUGUUUGUUUUCUCAACAUUUGUACAAAUUAAUAAAAACUUAAAAGUUAAAUUGUCUAGAGUCGAUAAGUAUUCAACCCCUUUGUUAUGGCAGAGCAAAAAACCAAGCCAUGAGGUCGAAGUAAUUGUCCGUAGAGCUCAGAGACAGGAUUGUGUCGAGGCACAGAUCUGGGGAAGGGUACCAAAAUAUUUCUGCAGCAUUGAAGAUCCCCAAGAACACAGGGGCCUCCAUCAUUCUUAAAUGGAAGAAGUUUGGAACCACCAAGACUCUUCCAAGAGCUGGCCGCCCGGCCAAACUUAGCAAUCGGGGGAGAAGGGCCUUGGUCAGGGAGGUGACCAAGAACCCGAUGGUCACUCUGACAGAGCUCCAGAGUUCCUCUGUGGAGAUGGGACAACCAUCUCUACAGCACUCCACCAAUCAGGCCUUUAUGGUAGAGUGGCCAGACGGAAGCCACUCCGCAGUAAAAGGCAAAUGACAGCCCUCUUGGUGUUUUGCCAAAAGGCACCUAAAGGAGUCUUAGACCAUGAAGGUGGAAAGCUCCUUGGUGUACACAUCACCGACAAAUUGAAAUGGUCCACCCACGCAGCCAGUGUGGUGAAGGCGGCGCAACAGAGCUUCAACCUCAGGAGGCUGAAGAAAUGUGGCUUAUCACCUAAAACCCUCACAAACGUUUACAGAUGCACAAUUGAGAGCAUCCUGUCGGGCUGUAUCACCGCAACUGCACCUCCCACAACCGCAGGGCUCUCCAGAGGGUGGUGCGGUCUGCCGAACGCAUUACCGGGGGCAAACUACCUGCCCACCAAGACACAUACAGCACCCGAUGUCACAGGAAGGCCAAAAAGAUCAUCAAGGACAUCAACCACCCGAGCCACUGCCUGUUCACACCGCCGUCAUCCAGAAGGCGAGGUCAGUACAGGUGCUUCAAAGCUGGGACCGAGAGAAUGAAAAACAGCUUCUAUCUCAAGGUCAUCAGACUGUUAAAUAGCCAUCACUAGCACAUUAGAGGCUGCUGCUGCCUAUUGAAAUCACUGGCCACUUUAAGAAAUGGAACACUAGUCACUAAUAAUGUUUACAUAUCUUGCACUACUCAUCUCAUAUGUAUAUACUGCAUUCUAUUCUAUAAUAUUCUUCUGUAUCUUAGUCCAUGCCGCUCUGUCAUUGCUUGUCCAUAUAUGUAUAUAUUCUUAAAUCCCAUUCCUUUUUUGUGUGUAUUGGGUAUAUGUUGUGAAAUUGUUAGAUAUUACUGCACUGUCGGAGCUAGAAGCACAAGCAUUUCACUACACCCGCUAUAACAUCUGCUAAACACGUGUAUGUGACAAAUAAAAUUUGAUUUGAUUUGAGAAACAAGAUUCUCUGGUCUGAUGAAACCAAGAUUAAACUCUUUAGCCUGAAUGACAAGCGUCACGUCUGGAGGAAACAUGGCACCAUCCCUACGGUGAAGCAUGGUGGUGGCAGCAUCAUGCUGUAGGGAUGUUUUUCAGCAGCAGGGACUGGGAGACUAGUCAGGAUCGAGGGAAAGAUGAACAGAGUAAAGUACAGAGAUCCUUGAUGAAAUCCUACUCCAGAGCCCCAGGACCUCGGACUGGGGUGAAGGUUCACCUUCCAACAGGACAACGACCCUAAGCACACAGCCAAGACAACGCAGGAGUGGUUUCGGGACAAGCCUCUGAAUGUCAUUGAGUGGCCCAGCCAGAACCAUGACUUGAAACCGAUUUGAACAUCUCUGGAGAGGCCUGAAAAAUAGCUGUGCAGCGACGCUCCCCAUCCAACCUGACAGAGCUUGAGAGAUCUUCAGAGAAGAAUGGGAGAAACUCCCCAAAUACAGGUGUGCCAAGCUUGUAGCGUCAUACCCAAGAAGUCCUGAGGCUGUAAUCGCUGCCAAAGGUGCUUUAACAAAGUACUGAGUAAAGGUUCUGAAUACUUAUGUAAAUGUCAUAUUUUUUUGGGUGUAUAACUUUGCAACAAUUUAAAACAACUGUUUUUGCAUUGUCUUUAUGGGGUAUUGUGUGUAUAUUGAUUAGGGGGGAAAAGCAAUUUAAAUCAAUUUUAGAAUAAGGCUGUAACGUAACAAAAUGUGGAAAAGGUCGAGGGGUCUGAAUACUUUCCGAAUGCACUGUAUAGUGUAAGUUCAGGAGUAAAAAUGUGCUUAACAAGUCACAUAAAAGUUGCAUGGACUCACUCUGUGUGCAAUAAUAGUGUUUAACACGAUUUUUUAAAUAACUACCUGCAUACAAUUUUCUGUGGUCCCUCAGUUGAACAGUGAAUUUCAACCACGGAUUCAACCACAAAGACCAGGGAGGUUUUCCAAUUCCUCGCAAAGAAGGGCACCUAUUGGUAGAUGAAGAAAAAAAGCAGACUUUGAAUAUCCCUUUUUUUUUUUAUUGUUUUUAUUUAUUUCACCUUUAUUUAACCAGGUAAGCCAGUUGAGAACAAGUUCUCAUUUACAACUGCGACCUGGCCAAGAUAAAGCAAAGCAGUGCGAUAAAAACAACAACACAGAGUUACAUAUAGGGUAAAACAAAACAUAAAGUCAAAAUACAACAGAAAAUAUAUAUACAGUGUGUGCAAAUGUAGCAAGUUAUGGAGGUAAGGCAAUAAAUAGGCUAUAGUGCAAAAUAAUUACAAUUAGUAUUAACACUGGAAUGAUAGAUGUUUAAGAGAUGAUGUGCAAAUAGAGAUACUGGGGUGCAAAUGAGCAAAAAUAAAUAACAAUAUAGGGAUGAGGUAGUUGGGUGGGCUAAUUUCAGAUGGGCUGUGUACAGGUACAGUGAUCGGUAAGGUGCUCUGACAACUGAAUAUCCCUUUGAGCAUGGUGAAGUUAUUAAUUACACUUUGGAUGGUGUGUCAAUAUUCCCAGUCACUACAAAGAUAUGGGCAUCCUUCCUAACUCAGUUGCAUUAGAGGAAGGAAACCUCUCAGGGAUUUCACAAUGAGGCCAAUGGUGACUUAAAAUUACACAGUUUAAUGGCUGUGAUAGGAGAAAACUGAGGAUGGAUCAACAACAUGUAGUUACUCCACAAUACUAACCUAAAUGACAGAGUGAAACGAAGGAAGCCUGUACAGAAUAAAAAUAUUUGGAAACAUGCAUUCUGUUUGUAACAAGGCACUAAAGUCAUUCUGCAAAAAAUUUGACAAAGCAAUUCACUUUUAGUCCUGGAAUACAAAGUGUUAGGUUUGGGGCAAAUCCAAUUCAACACAUUACUGAGUACCACUCUCCAUAUUUUCAACUAUAGUGGGGGCUGCAUUAUGUUAUGGGAUGCUUGUAAUCGUUAAGGAGUGGGGAGUUUUUCAGAGUAAAGAAAUGGAAUGGAGCUAAGCACAGGCAAAAUCCUAGAGGAAAAGCUGGUUCCACCAGAUACUGGGAGAUGAAUUCACCUUUUAGCAGGACAACAACUUAAAGCACAAGGCCAAAUCUACACUGGAGUUGCUUACCAUCUGUUUGAAAAUCUAUGGUAAGACCUGAAAAUGGUUGUCUAGCAAUGAUCAACAACCAAUUUGACUUGAAGAAUUUUGAAAAGAAUAAUGGGCAAAUGUUGCACAAUCCAGUUGUGCAAAGCUCUUAGAGACUUACCCAGAAAGACUCACAGCAGUAAUCGCUGCCAAAGGUGAUUCUAACAUGUAUUGACUCAAGAUAUAUUAGUGUUUUUAUUUUUCAUUAUUGUUUUUACAAAUGUUAGAAUUCCACUUUGACAUUACAGACUAUUUUGUGUAGAUCGUUGACAGAAAAUGACAAUUAAAUCCAUUUUAAUCCUACUUUGUAACACAACAAAAUAUGAAAAACGUCAAGGGGUGUGAAUACUUUCUAAAGGCAUUGUAUAUUAACGUCCUCAGCAACACUUUGUGUCUUAAUUUCCCUCUGCAUUCAGAGGUCAACAGGGCGCUGGUUCACUAAUGCAAUAACAUGAUUCUCUACCGACACCGCAUGGUGGGGCAGCACGCCACAUUGCUCCCCCCUCUCCCAGAGGCCUGUACAUUAGACUUCCAGUCACAUCGUCUCACAGACGAGUGGAUGAGCCUGCAGAGCGCCAGACUGUAUGAUCUGCAUAUAGAUGAAGAGGAGCGUCUCCCCCAUAAACACACACACACACACAGAAUUAGCAUGACCAGUAAUCCUGGCAGAAAUUAUCAUAAAAUCAGCCGGAAUAGAGUCGUCUCAUUCUCUAAAUGUAUUACGCUCCCACCCCUCGCCACCUCAAGAAUAAACAGAGCUCAAAACAAAGUCACGGUGUAAUUCUCUGUCUUGGAGGCACAUGGAUCUCGGACGAGGCUAUUUGAUGCAGGAUUUGUUAAGAAACGUGGUGUCUUCACAAUAGAGCCAGUUGAUAUCACUAAGUCACCAUCAGGACAUUCUUUGUGUAUUUGUGUCGUCAUUGGGAGUUAUGUGUUAUGCACUGCAGCAGCUUGUUAUCAUAUCUCUUACAACACUGUUUAUUAGUUGUGGAAAUAUGGAAAUAUAAAUAAUGACAGCCAUUGCAUAAAAGGAGGCAUCCGUGGUGAAAAGAUGUAGGCCUAUUAUUACAACUUCCCUUCUCACAACAACAUGCAAGUACCUUGAGGAUGCCUAUUACGUAGACUCACUUACUCACCCAGCCCCCUCUUGUCCACGGCUCAUCCAUAAUAAAGAUGUAAGAGCCUUGGGCCCCAGGCUGGGCAUAAUGAGCAGUGGACCUCAUUGAGUGCUCAGGAGGAGGCUUAGAUUGCCUGCUGAAAGUAUUAUGGAUGUUAAUCUGUUGGACCCACCGAUCAUCCAAUAAUCGAGCUUGCAAGACAACACUCUAUUAACACGGAGUUAACGUCAGGGGCCCCCGUCUCCCUGUGUGUGUGUCUGUGGCAGCCAGUGACAUCUCAUUUGCCGCAAAGCCCAAGAGUCCACAGAGCACAGGGCUCUCAGACAAUGUGUGAUGAGUUAGAACAUUACGCUGCACAGCUCAUCUCAUCAAGCCACUGAGAAGCUCAUCUUGGUUGGGAAUGAAAAUGCAGGGCCUUCAGAGACAGAUUGCUUCUGUCAGCCCAGUGCCUCAUAAUCAUUGUUCUCUCUCUGUGUUUAUGGUUAUUUUCAUGGAGCUUUGGUUAGUUUAACAAACUUUGUUUAGCAGUUGUCAACUUCGACACCAGCUGUUUUUAUUUUACUGUCCGCAAGCCUUUGUGGGAUUUAAUUAAAUUUCAUCUAAGAUGACAAACAAUUUUCAGUUAUUUGUCCCUGCUUGGAUAUUGACAUGUAUGAGGUUGCACAAUACAGAUUUUAUUUUCAGUGUGGCCUUAAUGACAUUUAGUCUCCAUGUUAGUUUAAACUGUAAUAUCCAAGUACUACCCUUGGUGUCACACAGUUUGCUAGGGCUUAAAGCCAUCUGUGCUCUUAAUGGCUGUGUACUUUUAUAAUCGCCACCGGGCACAGUCAGAAGAGGACUGGCCACUCCUUAGAGCCUGGUCCCUCUAGGUUUCUUCUUAGGUUCCAGUCUUUCUAGGGAGUUUUUCCUAGCACUGUGCUUCUGCAUUGCUUGCUCUGGGGUUUUAGGAUCGGUUUCUGUAUAAGCACUUUGUGACAACUGCUGAUGUAAAAAGGGCUUUACAACUACAUUUGAUUUGAUUGAUUGCUCUAGCUCUGCAUAUAAAAGUGACUCACCUUCAAAUAUCCCCUGCAAACGGAAACUGUUUUGUUGGUGUGGAUAUCAGGUUUCCUGUCGCCUCACGGUGGCUGAUGAAUGAAUGACUUUGAAUUGACGGUAGAGGUUGAGAAGGCACAGGAACUCAACGCCGAGGGAGGAGAGGACAGGACAAGGUAUCACAUAGCUACAUUAAUGAAUGUAUAAGUCUGAUAAUUGACAUCCAUUUCACCCUUUUUUUUUUCAGACUACCCCAGUUUAAAGAGGAGGCCAAAAGUUUUGUGGGCGCCAACAUGAAGAAGGUAAACUCAAGUUACGCCUAAUGUAUGCACGCAUGACUAAGUCACUUUGGAUAAAAGCGUCUGCUAAAUGGCAUAUUAUAUUAUGUUGAAUGUGCCAGUACUGUCUGGCUAUGACUCAUUUUCUUGCAUCGCCCCCUCCCCUUGUCUCCUCCUGGUUCCUGUCAUCCCCAUGGUGCUGUGAAUAAUCAUUGUACUCUGCAGGGAUGGCCACCGCAACAACACCUCUUUUUACUAGGUCUCUACUCCCCCAAGGCCAAAAAGAAAAGAAUAUAUUGUCUUGUGGUGCAGAAUUGCAACAGGAUACCCAAAAUGCCCAUCCCUCCCUCCACUUCCACCCAUCAUGGUGGCAUGCUUUUCCCAAUAUCACCUCCAUCUCAUCAGAUUCUGCAUUUGAUUAUUUUUUUCUUUUCUUAGAGUUCCUCUUUUCAAAAUGCACAUUUGCUUGUGUUCCCUCCCACAGAUCCCAUCCUGUAUCCUGGACAUACAUGAUCUUAUUUGUGCAGAGCAGCCUAAAAACACCAAUCAGAGGGGCUUAGAGAGGGUACUUGUUAAAGACACACCUUUCGAUUGGCUCUCGGCUAGUGCAUUGAAAUAGGCCAGGGUAGCAUGGCUUUCUGGAGUGAAAGCAUGAGGGUGCAUUUUAGGGACAUUUCAGCAUUUUCUUAGAACUUGGGUUUAAAGGAAUUUCAUAUUUCCACAACUCAAAUUUCACAUCAAUUAUUAACACCAUAAAAAUACAUUUCAUUAUUUGGUGGUUAGAUUAUUAUUAUUUUUAUCCCACUAAACAACUCAAUUCAACUUAAUUUAAAGGAAAAUAAAUACAGGUUAAUGGUUUCAGGCUGUACGACAUAUUAAGUUAUUUCAGACUGUUCAUGUAUUCAUACCCAUUUGUAUUUACAGUGCAUUCGGAAGGUUUUCAGACCCCUUCCCUUUAACUUAUUAUUUUUUCCCUCAUCAAUCUACACACAAUACCCCAUAAUGACAAAGCGAAAACAGGUUUUUUAAAACUGUUUGCAAAUGUAUUAAAAAUAAAAAACAGAUUAUUUACCUAAGUAUUUAGACCCUUUGCUAGGAGACUUGAAAUUGAGCUCAGGUGCAUCCUGUUUCCAUUGAUCAUCCUUGAGAUGUUUCUACAACUUGAUUGGAGUCCAUCUGUGGUAAAUUCAAUUGAUUGGACAUGAUUUGGAAAGGCACACACCUGUCUAUAUAAGGUCCCACAAUUGACAGUGUAUGUCAGAGCAAAAACCAAGCCAUGAGGUCGAAGGAAUUGUCCGAAGAGCUCCGAGACAGGAUUGUGUCGAGGCACAGAUCUGGGGAAGGGUACUAAAAAAAUUCUGCAGCAUUGAAGGUCCCCAAGAACACCUUGGCCUCCAUCAUUCUUAAAUGGAAGAAGUUUGGAACCACCAAGACUCUUUGUAGAGUUGGCCGCCCAGCCAAACAGAACAAUCGGGGGAGAAGGGCCUUGGUCAGGGAGGUGACCAAGAACCCGAUGGUCACUCUGACAGUGCUCCAGAGUUCCUCUGUGGAGAUGGAAGAACCUUCCAGAAGGACAACCAUCUCUGCAGCACUCCACCAAUCAGGCCUUUAUGGUAGAGUGGCCAGACGGAAGCCGCUCAGUAAUAAGCAAAUGACAGCCCAUUUGGAGUUUGCCAAAAGGCACCUAAAGGACUCUCAGACCAUGAGAAACAAGAUUCUCUAGUCUGAUGAAACCAAGAUUGAACUCUUUAGCCUGAAUGCCAAGCGUCACGUCUGGAGGAAACAUGGCACCAUCCCUACGGUGAAGCAUGGUGGUGGUGGCAGCAUCAUGCUGUGGGGAUGUUUUUCAGCGGCAGGGACUGGGUGACAAGUCAGGAUCAAGGGAAAGAUGAACAGAGCAAAGUACAGAGAGAUCCUUGAUGAAAACCUGCUCCAGAGAGCUCAGGACCUCAGACUGGGGUGAAGGUUCACCUUCCAACAGGACAACGACCCUAAGCACACAGCCAAGACAACCCAGGAGUGGCUUCGACAAGUCUCUGAAUGUCCUUGAGUGGCCCAGCCAGAGCCCGGACUUGAACCCGAUCGAACAUCUCUGGAGAGACCUGAAAAUACCUGUGCAGCGACGCUCCCCAUCCAACCUGACAGAGCUUGAGAGGAACUGCAGAGAAAAAUGGGAGAAACUCCCCAAAUACAGGUGUGCCUAUCUUGUAGCUGCCAAAGGUGCUUUAACAAAGUACUGAGUAAAGGGUCUGAAUACUUAUGUAAAUGUGAUAUUUCAGUUUUUUAUUUUACAUUUCUAAAAAGCUAUUUUUGCUUUGUCAUUAUGGGGUAUUGUGUGUAGAUUGAUGAGGUGGAAGAAAACAAUAUAAUCCAUUUUAGAAUAAGGCUGUAAUGUAACAAAAUGUGGAGAAAGUAAAGGGUCUGACUACAUUCCGUAUGCAUCGUGUGGCUUGGAUUGGACAUUUCCCUGGCAUUUCUGAUUUUAGCCUCGUACCACAAACAGAAAAAAGAAGAAAAAAAAGUGACACUUUUAUUUCACAAUCAUACCUCUUCAAACCUAGACUCCAAAUGUACAAAUAUUGAUGGGCACCAGAAAUGUCAGCUUGAAGCAGUUACAAUCAUACCCCUUCAAACCUAGACUCCAAAUGUACAAAUACAAAUAUUGAUGGGCACCAGAAAUGUCAGCUUGAAGCAGUUACAAUCAUACCCCUUCAAACCUAGACUCCAAAUGUAAAAAUACAAAUAUUGAUGGGCACCAGAAAUGUCAGCUUGAAGCAGUUAAAAUGUGAAGUUUGCCAUUCUGUCUGAUUGCUUGCCCUUCACUGUGCUGUCUGGUUUGGCCUGCUCAUUCUUGAAUGUCUCUGUAUGGAGCUUGCCUGCCCCCCCCCCCCCAACCCACCACCCCCUUCCCCAAACAAGCCCAUCCCAGGGGAGUUUGUAUGGUACUCUGUUUGGACCCCCCGCCCCCCAUGCAUCACUGAGUGAGUCUCUUGUCUGUAUGCUGCUGCUGACAUGUAGUCCAUCACUAAUCACGGGCACCUGCCCCCUUCUCUCCUGAGGCUUACAAUAUAUUGUGGAAAAACAAACGAGUGCAGGUAAGGAGAUGACUGGUGACUGUUGGAGAAUGACCAUCCCUCCUCCUUAUCCUCCCCUACUCUCCUCUCCUCUCCUCUUGUUCUGAACCCACUAACCACCCCCUUUUGAAGAUUCAUACACAAUGCUAAUGGGCCCAUUUUCUUUGGGACCAAAAUACCAUUUGUAGAUGUAUUUAAAAUAUUUAUUGAUUUAGUUAGAUUAAUUGUAAAGUGUUAGAGUAGACAAACAAACCCAUGCCAUGCCUUUUUUUUGUGGUUGCUUGAAUUAGUUUCUUGUGUUUAAUCCUGUGUUUGACUUUUUGUUGAAUUCUCUUAUUUCACCCUCAAACAUAUAUUGUAUCUUUCCGGUGGGGUGACUGCUAUGCAGUCUCAGCUGUUGCUAAACAGUAUGGAGCAUGUGGCUGCAUUUGUGUUCGGUGACAGUCUUAUGUUUUCAGAUGUCUGUCUAUGACUUUCUGUUUUAAGACUGUGUUAUGGGGCACUGUCCAAAUACUGUAUGGAAAAUAAUCCUAUUGCCUAAGCCCAACCUGAUACUGUCGUCUGUACAAUAUAUGAUGAUAUUACCACACCAUCUAGCCAAGGGCACAGCCAGUGGUUGUAUGUGCAUGUGUGUACUGACUGAGUGUGUUCUACCGGUUUCAGCUGAAGAUGCGUGCUGGUGGGAUGAGUGAGUCAUCAAAGUGGAAGAAGCAGAAACGCUCGCCCCGGCCCCCCCGUCACAUGGUUAGAAGCGCCUCGGGCGGGUUGGAGCAGGCCCCUACCACCACCCUCAGCAACAACAACCUCUCUGGUGAGACCCAGUCUUGUAUGAAGAUGUUCUUUUCCCCCCACAUUUUAUUGGUUUUUCAGACAGUGUUAGAAACAAGAUCAGGGGGAUAGACUUAGGAUGUAAAUUCUGAUGUAGCUAACACUGUGUGUUUGUACCAGGUGGUGUCCCGUUCAUCGAGCAGGGUAGUUUGUCUGUCUCAGACAGCGUGGCCUCCUCCAUGUCCAGCCCCACAGACAGCGGCCUGGACACCUGCUCCAAGACCACCUCCAGAGAGGACCUGACAGACCUGGACCAGAGCAGCUCUGCUGACACCACCCCUUCCACAGAGCCUGGACGCCUGGACACUCAGGUGGGGGGGGGGAGCACUGGAAUCAGCUAUGUUAUCUGUCACUUUGUGCAUAUUUCUACUUUGUUAGUGCUCAUCAAUGUUCAUACGCUGAUGUUUCUGUUUCCCCUGCCAGUCUGAGGGGAGGCAGGUGGAGCGUGCCAAGUCAGCCUCGGUGGAGUCCAUUCCUGAGGUCCUAGAGGACGGAGACUCUGUGACGGAGCAGUCGGACUCAGCCUCAUUACAUGACAUGGACUACGUCAACCCCAGAGGAGUCCGCUUCACACCACAGCAAACACAGAGAGACGGUGAGGAUGGUGAGCCCUCUUACCACCACCAGCAUUCAGUUUGGGUUUCACCCUGUUCCACUUCACGUCUCACCAUGUGUGUCUCCUUAUGUCUCUCCUCAUGUCUGUUCAUGUCUCAACACGUCUCACAACUUGUCUCUGCGUGUCUCCUUUUAUAUCCCAUGUCUCACCCCAACUGAUGUCUCACCCAAAUUAUGCCUUUGAAUCCUCUCCUAACUGUCAUGUUGUCAUUUCCAAACCUCCCAGGUGCGGCUCUCGUCCCCUACGGCCUGCCCUGUCUGCGGGAGCUCUUCCGCUUCCUCAUCUCGCUGACCAACCCCCAUGACCGCCACAACACGGAAGCCAUGAUGCACAUGGGCCUGCAGCUGCUGACCGUGGCUCUGGAGGCGGCCCACAUAGCCCCCUACCAGUCACUGCUGGGCCUGGUCAAAGACGAGCUUUGCAGACACCUCUUCCAGGUACUGUACACCACAAGCUUGUUCAGGAGGGGAACCUUCUAUUGCGUCUGUUCAACACAAUACAACAUAACUAACAUGUUUUCUAUUUCAGUUGCUAAGUGUGGACCGUAUGAACCUGUAUGCCGCCUCCAUACGAGCGUGCUUCUUGCUCUUUGAGAGCAUGCGAGGACAUUUGAAGUUUCAGCUUGAGGUACUUGGAGUGUUUAUUUUCUUUGCUUUCGAUAUUGUCACACACUGACUAGUUUGACACAACCACACACAAGCUGAGUCAUGGUAAAACAACCAACUAAACAGAGUGACCAACUUAACCACCUUCUCUCUGUCUGUAGAUGUAUCUGAAGAAGCUGAUGGACAUCAUCACUUCAGAGAACAUGAAGAUGCCCUAUGAGAUUAAGGAGAUGGCCCUGGAGGCCCUGGUGCAGCUCUUGAGGAUCCCCAGCUUCGUCACCGAGCUCUACAUCAACCACGACUGUGACUUCUACUGCUCCAAUCUGUUUGAAGACCUCACCAAGCUGCUCUCCAAGGUGGGAACUGACGACGCCUGUUCUCUGGCCACACUCACACUCACUUGAUGAUCACUCUGGAGAUCUUUAGGGUUUUAUUUACUUUCUAAAGUCUGCAUUAGAAGAGUGUCCACUGUCCCGUUCAUUUAUUUCCAUUUGAUGCAUACCAUAAUGCUCCAUGCUUUUAAUUUUCAGGGUAACAUUGUUCUCUUUUGUUGACAUAUGGUGUGCUUGUAUCAUGUUGUCUUGCAGAAUGCCUUCCCUGUGUCCGGACAGCUCUACACAACCCACCUCCUCUCACUAGAGGCCCUACUGACGGUGAUUGACAGCACUGAGGCCCACUGCCAGGCCAAGGUGCUCAACAGCACCGCUCAGCAGGACCAAUCAGCAGAAACUGUGUUAGCAGAAGGGGAGGGCUCAACCAAUGACCGUACAGACACAACCACGGGUAUGCAGAUUUCUCUCAUAAACUUGGUAUACUUUCUGCUUUGAUGGUCUCAUACUAUAAUGGGCUUUGUCCAUCAUUUACAUUGACAAUGGUUGUAUCAGAUGUGUAUAGAGGGGUAUUCAUUAAUGUUUUUCUCAUGUGGUUGUAGAUGCGAGCAGGCAGGUGAACAGUGCCAAUGGUCAGAAUGUUCCAGAGGCUGACAGCGUGCCCCUACCACCUACCAGUGGGCACCUGAUGGCAGAGAAGAUGAGACUGGGCAGACAAGACCAGGAGGAGACAGAACCAGGUAGGUUUGCUUUUACUAACCAGUGGCCAGGUCUCCUCAAGCACUGGGUUAGCAUUCAGGUUCAUAGACAUGAAUGAAAUUGAAUUAAAAGUGAAAGUUGUAUUUUUAUUUUAGCUGAGAAGAAAGAACCGAAAAAGCCACAACGCUUCUCGUCUUGUUUACCUGAUUCUCAAGAGCUGUUGGACAUCAGAAGUAAAAAGAAGGUAUGUUUAAAAAAGGAUGUGUGUGUAUGGAUGUAUGUAUGUAUGUGUGUAUACAGUGGGGAGAACAAGUAUUUGAUACACUGCCGAUUUUGCAGGUUUUCCUACUUACAAAGCAUGUAGAGGUCUGUAAUUUUUAUCAUAGGUACACUUAAACUGUGAGAGACGGAAUCUAAAACAAAAAAUCAAGAAAAUCACAUUGUAUGAUUUUUAAGUAAUUCAUUUGCAUUUUAUUGCAUGACAUAAGUAUUUGAUACAUCAGAAAAGCAGAACUUAAUAUUUGGAACAGAAACCUUUGUUUGCAAUUACAGAGAUCAUACGUUUCCUGUAGGUCUUGACCAGGUUUGCACACACAGCAGCAGGGAUAUUGGCCCACUCCUCCAUACAGACCUUCUCCAGAUCCUUCAGGUUUCGGGGCUGUCGCUGGGCAAUACAGACUUUCAGCUCCCUCCAAAGAUUUUCUAUUGGGUUCAGGUCUGGAGACUGGCUAGGCCACUCCAGGACCUUGAGAUGCUUCUUACGGACCCACUCCUUAGUUGCCCUGGCUGUGUGUUUCGGGUCGUUGUCAUGCUGGAAGACCCAGCCACGACCCAUCUUCAAUGCUCUUACUGAGGGAAUGAGGUUGUUGGCCAAGAUCUCGCGAUACAUGGCCCCAUCCAUCCUCCCCUCAAUACGGUGCAGUCGUCCUGUCCCCUUUGCAGAAAAGUAUCCCCAAAGAAUGAUGUUUCCACCUCCAUGCUUCACGGUUGGGAUGGUGUUCUUGGGGUUGUACUCAUCCUUCUUCUUCCUCCAAACACGGCGAGUGGAGUUUAGACCAAAAAGCUAUAUUUUUGUCUCAUCAGACCACAUGACCUUCUCCCAUUCCUCCUCUGGAUCAUCCAGAUGGUCAUUGGCAAACUUCAGACGGGCCUGGACAUGCGCUGGUUUGAGCAGGGGGACCUUGCGUGCGCUGCAGGAUUUUAAUCCAUGACGGCGUAGUGUGUUACUAAUGGUUUUCUUUGAGACUGUGGUCCCAGCUCUCUUCAGGUCAUUGACCAGGUCCUGCCGUGUAGUUCUGGGCUGAUCCCUCACCUUCCUCAUGAUCAUUGAUGCCCCACGAGGUGAGAUCUUGCAUGGAGCCCCAGACCGAGGGUGAUUGACCGUCAUCUUGAACUUCUUCCAUUUUCUAAUAAUUGCGCCAACAGUUGUUGCCUUCUCACCAAGCUGCUUGCCUAUUGUCCUGUAGCCCAUCCCAGCCUUGUGCAGGUCUACAAUUGUAUCCCUGAUGUCCUUACACAGCUCUCUGGUCUUGGCCAUUGUGGAGAGGUUGGAGUCUGUUUGAUUGAGUGUGUGGACAGGUGUCUUUUAUACAGGUAACGAGUUCAAACAGGUGCAGUUAAUACAGGUAAUGAGUGGAGAACAGGAGGGCUUCUUAAAGAAAAACUAACAGGUCUGUGAGAGCCGGAAUUCUUACUGGUUGGUAGGUGAUCAAAUACUUAUGUCAUGCAAUAAAAUGCUAAUUAAUUACUUAAAAAUCAUACAAUGUGUGAAGGUCUGUAUGGAGGAGUGGGCCAAAAUCCCUGCUGCAGUGUGUGCAAACCUGGUCAAGACCUACAGGAAACAUAUGAUCUCUGUAAUUGCAAACAAAGGUUUCUGUACCAAAUAUUAAGUUCUGUUUUUCUGAUGUAUCAAAUACUUACGUCAUGCAAUAAAAUGCAAAUUAAUUACUUAAAAAUCAUACAAUUUGAUUUUCGGGAUUUUUGUUUUAGAUUCCGUCUCUCACAGUUGAAGUGUACCUAUGAUAAAAAUUACAGACCUCUACAUGCUUUGUAAGUAGGAAAACCUGCAAAAUCGGCAGUGUAUCAAAUACUUGUUCUCCCCACUGUAUUUAUUUCAUAAACAAAGUUAUGCAACACCCAAUUCCCCUGUGUGAAAAAGUAAUUGCCCCCUUACACUCAAUAACUGGUUGUGCCACCUUUAGAAUGCAGUGUUUGGUUUUCGCCAGGCAUAAUGGGACCCAUCUCGUCCAAAAUGUUAUACUUUUGAAUCAUAUGUCCAUAAAACGUUCUUCCAAGAGUCUUUAUGAUCAUCCAGGUGAUCAAGCAUGGUGGUGGUGGUGUGAUGGUUUGGGGAUGCUUUGCUGCCUCAGGACCUGGACGACUUGCCUUAAUAGAAGGAACCAUGAAUUCUGCUCUGUAUCAGAGAAUUCUACAGAGAGAAUGCCAGACCAUCCGUCUGUGAGCUGAAGCUGAAGCGCAGCUGGGUCAUGCAGCAAGACAAUGAUCCAAAACACACAAUCAAGUCUACAUGAAAAUUGCUAAAAAGCAACAAAUUGAAAGUUUUGGAAUGGCCUAGUCAAAGUCCAGACCUAAUCCCAAUUGAGAUGUUGUGGCAGGACUUGAAACGAGCAGUUCAUGCUUGAAAUCCCACACGUCACUGAGUUAACGUAGUUCUGCAUGGAAGAGUGGGCCAAAAUACCUCCACAGCGACGUGAGAGACUGAUCAACAACUACAGGAAGCAUUUAUUUGGAGUCAUUGCAGCUAAAGGUGGCACAACCAGUUAUUGAGUGUAAGGGGGCAAUUACUUUUUCACACAGGGGAAUUGGGUGUUGCAUAACUUUGUUUAUGAAAUAAAUGAAAUAAAUAUGUAAUUGUUGUGUUAUUUGUCCACUUAUGUUCCCUUUAUCUAAUAUUAGGUUUUGGUUGAAGAUCUGAUAACAUUCAGUAUCACAAAUAUGCAAAAGUAGAGAAAAUUAGAAAGGGGGCAAAUACUUUUUCAUAGCACGGUAUAUAUGUGUGUGUGUGUAUAUAUAUAUGGGGGAUUGGAAGUGAUGCAGACAAUUACAUUGAUGGAAGUUACAAUCUAUCUGAAAUAUUAAAGCUGAUCUACCCCCUAAAAAAAAAAAAAAAGUAUGUUUUAUGAUUUUGUUGUUUAUCUCUUUUAAAGAACUUAUGCAUGGCCGUUAAUGAUGUUUUCACACGUACUGUAUCUCAGAUUUUGACAUAAAUCAUGCAUUGACACCAAUGGUGUUUGAGUCAGUUUGUGGAUCUCAAGUUGUGAUUCGAUCUGCUUUUUGUCGCAAAGAUAAAAUGAUAGUAUUUAUAUUGUAUGAUUACAGCUGCUGAACAGCGGCACAGAACAGUUCAACCAGAAGCCUAAGAAGGGCAUCCAGUUCCUGCAGGAGAAGGGUCUGCUCAGCAGCCCCAUGGACAACAACGAGGUGGCCCAGUGGCUCCGGGAGAACCCCCGCCUCGACAAGAAGCAGAUCGGAGAGUUCAUCAGUGACCGCAAACACAUGGAGCUACUGGACAGCUUCGUCAAGUAGGAGCCCAGUCUUCUUAUUAUUACCGGGCAGCGUGAUGUACAACCAGUUGGAUCUUCUCCUUAAUUUAAUUGUACUGAAGCUUGGCUCCUUCAGUUGCUAGUGAAGCAAUGAAUAGUGAAGCAGUGACGUUUAUUUACUUGAACCCUAGGAGUUGUCUUUAAUCCCUACCAAUUAUAAAAUGCAGUACACAAAUGUAUAUGUACAGUUGAGUAAAAAGACCUGACAGGAAAUGUAAGAAUAUACUUCAAAAUAUACAUAUUAGUGAAUUAUACUCAUUCUCACGUGCAGCACGUUCACCUUCCGAGGGCUGCGUAUUGACGAGGCGCUGCGUCUGUAUCUGGAGGCCUUCAGGCUGCCAGGAGAGGCUCCGGUCAUCCAUAGACUUUUGGAAACCUUCACAGACACCUGGCAUGUAAGUCAGCUGCCUUAACCCCUUGGAAGUCUCUCUCUUUUUUCCUCUCACACACACACAUGCACAGGGGCACACGGAGGGACACACUUCUUCCAUUAGCGCAAGGCAAUCCUUGCUACCAACUGUCCCUAUCAUCAUGUAAUUACGUCCAGUGGAACUGUGACCCUGAUCUGAAUCAAGGACAGGGACAUUAGUCACUCAGGUAAUUAGGGUAAGAGGAAAAUGUUGCUGUAAGGCUGACAUAACAGAGCUGGCCGGUCUAUCGAGGGCAGGGGAACAAAACCAGCGGGGCCACUGGCUGCUCCUUAAAUAACCGGAGAGGGUCGUCCUCGUGACCUGGAAAAUAUUUAUAGUAAUGUCUUUUCAUAGUCUCCCUCUCCACACACAAUCGCCUUGAAUGAGUUCACAGAUAUUCUUACUGCACACACACGUGUCUUUUUCCCACUAUUGAGCAGUCGAGACUGCACUUUCAGCAGAACAAAUAUAGACGUUUUGAUGUUAAGCCAAAGGUAGUUAUAUUGAUGUGUGUAUCUGGAACUCAGCUGUUGACGUGUAUAAAUCAAAUCAAAUUUUAUUUGUCACAUGCGCCAAAUACAACAGGUGUAGACUUUACCGUAAAAUGCUUACUUACAAGCCCUUAACCAACAAUGCAGUUUUAAGAAAAAUAAGAGGUAAGAAAAUAUUUACUAAAUAAACUAAAGUUAAAAAAAAUACAAUAAAAAAAGUUACAAUAAAAUAACAAUAAUGAAGCUAUAUACGGCGGGGUACCAGUACCAAGUCAGUGUGCGGGGGUACAGGUUAGUCGAGGUAAUUGACGUAAUAUGUACAUGUAGGUAGGGGUAAAGUGACUAUGCAUAGAUAAUAAACAGAGCCGGCCUGUCUAUUGAGGGCAGGCGGACAAAACCAGCGGGGCCACUGGCUGUUCCUUAAUUAACUGGAGAGGGUCGUCCUCGUGACCUGGAAAAUAUUUCUAUGGACAGGGUUAUAUUAGUGUGUCUUUCCCUGUGUGUGUAGAAAGUGAACGGCUCUCCCUUCAUGACCAACGACGCAGGCUUCGCCUUGGCCUACGCUGUCAUCAUGCUCAACACGGACCAGCACAACAACAACGUACGCAAGCAGAACAUCCCCAUGACAAUUGAGGUAAACACACACAAUUUAUUUACCAUGAAAACUCACUCAAAAAAGACGCAUCACUAUUGUUAUACUUAAAUAUAUUUUAUUGAUAUAAAAUAAACUAAGUUAAUAUUCCUACCAAUUUAAGUUUUCUACUACUACAAAACAAUCUUAUCCGAUCUUAUUUUGUCUUAAGUUAACAUUUUCAGAAAUGCACCUAUAACCCACGUUUUUUAUUUUUUAACCCACAUAUGUUAGAUAUGAUUUUAAUCACCUCUUAUGAGAGCUUUUGUGCCAUGCAGCAAUGGGUUUCACCAGAGACCCUGUUAAGACCCCUUUAGACACCCUACAUUAGUAUGUUGUGCUGGUUCUUUCAGACCCUCUGAUCUGAAAAAAGCAGACCUCCAGUAACAGCUGUGCCCAGUGGUGGUCUAUGGGAUGAGGUCAUCCUGCUUAGUCAGGGGUGGGAGAAGUGAGGUGGGGGAGGAUUGGAGGGGUGGGAGCAGUGGAGGGGGGAGAGGAUGGGAGGAGGCGUCCUGGCUAACUCUCUCUGUGUGAGUGACAGAGCCUGAAGACUAAACACAAGUCCCAUGGGCAGGGUUCUGAAGAGGGCGUGGGUGGGCCACUCUCACACACACACAAGACAUACCCGAUCCUCAGUUGCCAUUUGGAAUUUUAAGCUGCAAUGAGCGCAACUGAUUUUGUGACCUUAGAUUAUUUUUUUUUCGAGGGCAAUGAAACUCCUACUGUUUACUGACUGUCUGCACAGUAUAUAACAAUACUGUUAUUACGGAUGAAAGUUCUUACGAUGUGACCUCUCCAAGUGUCAUACAAAUGCCAUGAUACGAUACUCUGUGAGACUCAGCGCAUCAUGGCAAUAGUCGAAGAUGCUAUUGCUCUGAAUUAUGCUAUCAGCUAACGCAUAGCGCAACAUUGUAGCUCUCCAACAAAUAUGUCGGUGUGGAACAGCUCUGCUCUCUCUGGCUGUCAGUCCCAUGAUUACUUGGCAGGCAUCACGGCCAGCUGCUUUGUGUCUGUGGCGGCUAUUGUUACCGUCGUCUGCUCCAUGCCGCCCCUGAGCCCUCGCUGUGUUUAUUUCUCUGUCUGUCCAUCCCGCUGCAAAGCAUCUCGUGUUUCCCGUCUGGUUUACCUGCCAUUAGCCUAAGCACUCAGCCAACCAGGAGCCUUGAUUCGAUCAGUCAGCACACAGAGGAUGUGUUUAUUUGCUGUGGCUCUUGGCCUCAAUCCUGUUUGACUAACACCACACCUAACCGUAUUAAGUGACACAUACGUUGGUAAAGCUUUGACCCCCACCCCCCUAAUUGUUGGAUGCUCAAUUAGCAAGAGCAUUGCAUGCCAAAGCAUUGGAUACCAGAGCCAGGCUAGCUGGCAGAGCCCCGCAAUGAUUGAUGUGUUGAUGGUGCCAUGAUUCCCAUAUUGUCAGUGUUAGCUGUCUUUCUUUUUUCCCCUUCAUGUAGCAAUUCAAGAAGAAUCUGAAGGGUGUGAAUGGAAAUACAGACUUCGAUCAGGAUAUGCUGGAGGACAUCUACAAUGCAAUCAAGUAAGCCAUAGUCUUAUGUAGAUCUUAUAUAGAAAUGUUUGUGACGUACACACACAAGCUGAAGGAAAUCAAUCUUAUUUCAAGAGGAUGUACUUAUUUGUUUCAGCGUUGGCGCUUUGACAGUAAGUUAUGUCUGGUGUUUUUUCCAUGUCAACCGACCCACCCUAGAUGAUCAAAGUUGCCUUAGCAUUCAUGGUAUUCUCUGUCGUGUAGGAAUGACGAGAUAGUGAUGCCAGACGAGCAGUCCGGCCUGGUCAAGGAGAACUAUGUAUGGAGCGUGCUGCUCCACCGGGGGGCCACCUCCGAGGGGGUCUUCCUCCAUGUGCCCGCCGGCAGCUACGACCACGACCUGUUCACCAUGACCUGGGGGCCCACCAUCGCAGCCCUCUCCUACGUCUUCGACAAGAGCCUGGACGACACAAUCAUCCAGAAGGCUAUCGCUGGCUUCAGGUACACUAGGCCUGCUCAGAUGGUUCUGGGCCCAGCACUGUGGCUCUGAGGAGAUGCUGAAGAAGCGUCCCUUGGGGAAAGCAAUGAAUGAGAGCGAGUCUUGAUUAUAAUCCAUUUCUCUCUCCUUUUAGGAAAUGUGCCAUGAUAUCAGCUCAUUAUGGAUUCAGUGACGUUUUUGAUAAUUUGAUCAUCUCCCUCUGCAAGUUUACAACACUCAGCAGUGAGGUAAGUGCUUAAUUCCAAAUGUGGGAACCUUCGCAUUUCAUCUAGUGCACUAGAGUAUUCUAACGUGUUCCACUGGAUGGUUUCAAUACAGUCGGUGGAGAACCUGCCCACGGUGUUUGGGAGUAACGGGAAGGCCCAGAUAGCGGCGAAGACGGUAUUCCACCUGGCCCACCGGCACGGUGACAUCCUGAGGGAGGGCUGGAAGAACAUCAUGGACUCCAUGCUGCAGCUGUUCAGAGCUGAGCUGCUGCCCAAGGCCAUGGUGGAGGUCAGAACUGCUCCUUUAUUACUGACAAUGGUCAUGGACAUGGAUUUACCUGACCUUUCUGUGAUGUAACCAGGAAAGGCUGAGCAUUGCUUUCUGGUCAGGUUACAUGGUCAGAAAAAAACGAAUGGCCUCAAUCAUGUUUAUGAGUACCUUUGGAACAUUCAAACCUUCCAUUCAUUUUGCUGAAUGAAAUGGUUCUCUUUUUGAAUUUGGAAGACUGCAGACUCUUCUGUAAGACAUUAUGGGUGUUAUACUGCCACCUGCUGGUAUUAAACCAGACAUAACUUCCUUCUUGAAUAUCUGUGGCGUCUGUAUUCUUAUGUCUAUUUAGGUGGAGGAUUUUGUGGAGCCAAAUGGAACGAUUUCCCUUCAAAGAGAAGAGACACCGUCAAAUCGGUAAAAGUCACCUUAACAUCAUGUCACGCCAUCUGUUUCGCUCAAAUACCAGGCUGAGCUCUUUCACUUGUAAAAACUCUGGGAGUUUUUCUGACAUUUAAAUCCAGUUCCAUGUUGUAAAAUGGGUGGGUAUCAUUAAACAUUACAUUUGUUUUUAAAGUGUUUGACAUCUCUAUGUCUUCCUCCCUCUCUCCCAGGGGUGAGUCUGCGGUGUUGAGCUUUGUGAACUGGCUGACUCUGAGUGGAGCGGAGCAGUCUGGUCAACGUGGGCCCUCUACUGAGAACCAGGAGGCCAAGCAGGCAGCCAUGUUCUGUAUCAAGGUACCAGAACUACAACACCCAUCACCCCUUAGCCCACUGCUUUCUCUCUAUCACACUCAUCCAAAUUGCCUCUGGUGAUAAGUUCAUAUAGUGCAGUUUUUUAUUAAUUCAUUUUUGGGGGGUUUUGUCUCUCCCCCUCCAGCAAUGUGACCCAGAGAAGCUGAUCACAGAGAGUAAAUUCCUGCAGCUGGAGUCUCUACAGGAGCUGAUGAAGGUAAUCAUAACAUUACAAGCAAAUAUUGUCUAUGCAUUGUCUGAAUAUUUAAUUCCUAAAAUGCAGGAAGUAUAAAACGUUCUAGUAUUGUUUUCUAAGAGCUUUUUCUUGUGGACAGGCUCUGAUCUCAGUCAUACCUGAUGAGGAGACGUAUGAUGAGGAGGAUGCUGCAUUCUGCCUGGAGAUGCUGCUACGCAUAGUCAUGGAGAACAGGUACACCCAGAGGGAAGAAAGGGUGGAAUGUUUGCUUUGAGUCAGGGCCAGUGUGUUUUGUCCCACGUCCAUUAGGAAUGACAUCAGUCAAAUCAGCUGUUUCAACAUCAGGCUUUGUUAUGCUAUCGAGUCCUUAUCAUUUGUGUGUUUUUCUGUGUGUGUGUGUAUGUUUAGGGACCGCGUGUCGUGUGUAUGGCAGACGGUGCGGGAUCACCUGUGCCACCUGUGUGUCCAGGCUACAGAGAGCUGCUUCCUGGUGGAGAGGGCCGUGGUGGGCCUCAUCAGACUGGCCAUCCGCCUGCUGCGCAGAGAGGACAUCAGCUCCCAGGUACACACACACGAAAGGGGAAACCAAACUAUUUAGGAGUGCAUGAUUGCAUUAAUGCAUGUUUAAUGCUGUCAAACAGAUAAUGUAGAAAUGACGCAGGAUUUCUGACUAGUGAUAGCACUGAGCGAUUGGAUGAUUGGACUGUUGAUCCAAUGAGUCUUACAUCUGAUGGACACACACACACACACAGCUUUGUUAGGUCAAUGUCCUUUAGCCAUUGCAGUCUGUCUUAUCUUAACAGCAAUUAUAAAGGAGGCUUCAAUUCGUUGUAUAUCAAGUCACAAAGGAUGUUUCAUGUGAUAGUAGUUUGCUGGUAUCAGAUGUUUCUCUCAAUUUUUGUAUUUGCUCUGGCAUAAAGGCACACAAUGAACUACCUUGGAGUAUUCUUACAGCCUGUGUUGAUCAGUGGGACAAUUUAAUUAUCCAUGUUUUUACUGGUCUAAUCUUUUUUCCGAAGAGGGACCUGGUUUCUUGAUGACCUGGCCUGUAACCUCAAUAGUGCUUAUUAUGUGACUGUCCUAUUGACCUUGAACUGCUAUAUCAUUACAGUUUCUCUUGAUUGCUUAAACACGUUUCUCAGCAAUAUAAAAAUAAAAUGGAAUGUGAUCUACUUUAUAACCCAUUGAAAACCAAACAACUCACCAGUAAACACUUUCAUGUCUAUUUAUGGACUAAUUAUGCAAAGGUAGUUUACAGGUUGGUGGUAAAAAUAUACUAUUAUGCGAGUUAUUGUUAUUUAACGUGAAAAAAAUACAUAACACAAUUCAAAUCAAAUGUUUGUCACUUGCUUCGUAAACGACAGGUAUAGACUAACAGUGAAAUGCUGUUUGAAUGCACAGAGAUACCGUGACGAGAUCCUGAGGCCCAUUGUCGUGCCAUUCAUCCGCCGCCAUCACCUCAUGUUUCAGUAUGAUAAUGCACAGCCCCAUGUUGUAAGGAUCUGUACACCAUUCCUGGAAGCUGAAAAUGUCCCAGUUCUUCCAUGACCUGCAUACUCACCAGAUAUGUCACCCAUUGAGCAUGUUAGGGAUGCUCUGGAUCGAUGUGUACGACAGCGUGUUCCAGUUCGCACAGCCAUUGAAGAGGAGUGGGACAAUUCACAUUUUGUCCUGAAUACAAAGUGUUAUGUUGGGGGUAAAUUCAAUACAACACAUUACUGAGUACCACUCUCCAUAUUUCCAAGCAUGGUGGUGGCUGCAUCAUGUUAUGGGUAUGCUUGUAAUCUUUAAGGACUGGGGUGUUUUUUAGGAUAAAAAAUAAACUGGAUGGAGCUAAGCACAGGCAAAUUCCUAGAGGAAAACCUGGUUCAGUCUGCUUUCCACCGGACACUGGGAGAUUAAUUCACCUUUCAGCAGGACAAUAACCUAAAACAUAAGGCCAAAUGUAUGUGUCCAGUGUGUGUGCUUAGUCAAAAAGUGUUAGUGCAAAAAUUGUCAAUGCAGGUAGUUUACCAAAUAGCUACCCAGACUAUUUAGUAGUCUUAUGGCUUGUGGUUAGAAGUUGUUCAGGAGCCUUUUGGUCCCAGCGCUCCAGUACUGUUUGCCGUGUGGUAGCAGAGAGAACAGUCUAUGACUUGGGCCUUCCUCUGACAUCGCCUGGAAUAGAGGUCCAAUUGAUUUGUGUCUUAUGUAGAGCGUUGUCAACUGUUUAGUAAAAAGUGUCUUGUGAUUCAGAGUUGAGUCUUAUGUUUUGCAAGAAAGUGUUCAGCAUUUGCAUUUAGUGUGAAGAGGAUGAGAAAUUACUAACUGUUGUGCAAAAGAGCUGCUGCUACUCUCUGUUUAUUAUUUAUUCACUUUAACUACCCACUUGUACAUAUUACCUCAAUUACCUCGACCAACCUGUGCCCCCGCACAUUGACUCUGUACCGGUACCCCCUGUAUAUAGCCUCCCUACUGUUAUUUUACUGCUGCUCUUUAAUUAUUUGUUAUUUGUUAUUUUUUACUUAUUUAUUUUUUUACUUAACACUUAUUUUUCUUAACUGCAUUGUUGGUUAAGGGCUUGUAAGUAAGCAUGUCACUGUAAGGUCUACACCUGUUGUAUUCGGCGCAUGUGGCAAAUAACAUUUGAUUUGAUUUGAAGAGGUUAUUGUUUUGGCCAUGUGGAUCCCAGUUUCCUUCAGUGUUCAAGCAAUCAAGAAACUAUCUUUUGCUCCCAUUUCUCCUAUAAGGCCUUUAAUUGUCUUUCAAUCUUAUCUCUAACCCAGAUGGACAUUGUUACUGCCAACUAAUAGUGUAUUCUUCUUCCUUUUCUGUGAGCUGGGGCUAUCAGGACAAACAUGUUAUGCUUCCCCACAACGUACUUGUCACAAAUCCCACAUUUGUUCCUCUAAUUUUCUUGUCCUUUCAAAUGUGCAGUGAGACCUAGCAGAAUCAAAUCAAAAUCAAAUACAAUUUUAUUUGCCACAUGCGCCGAAUACAACAGGUGUAGACAUUACAGUGAAAUGCUUACUUACAAACCAACAAUGCAGUUUAAGAAAAAAAUUGAAAUAGCAAAUAAUUAAAGAGCAGCAGUAAAAUAAAAUAACAGUAGGGAGGUUAUAUACAGGGGGUACCGGUUAGUCGAGGUAAUUGAGGUAAUAUGUACAUUUGGGUAGAGUUAAAGUGACUAUGCAUAAAUGAUCAACAGAGUAGCAGCAGCGUAAAAGAGGGGGUUGGGGUGGGGAUGGGGAGCAAUGCAAAUAGUCCGGGUAGCCAUGAUUAGCUGUUCAGGAGUCUUAUGGCUUGGGGGUAGAAGUUGUUAAGAAGCCUUUUGGACCUAGACUUGGCACUCCGGUACCGCUUGCCGUGCGGUAGCAGAGAGAACAGUCUAUGACUAGGGUGGCUGGAGUCUUUGACAAUUUUGAGGGCCUUCCUCUGACACCGCCUGGUAUAGAGGUCCUGGAUGGCAGGAAGCUUGGCCCCAGUGAUGUACUGGGCCGUACGCACUACCCUCUGUAGUGCCUUGCGGUCGGAGGCCAAGCAGUUGCCAUACCAGGCGGUGAUGCAACCAGUCAGGAUGCUCUCGAUGGUGCAGCUGUAUAAUUUUUUGAGGAUCUGAGGACCCAUGCCAAAUAUUUUCAGUCUCCUGAGGGGGAAUAGGCUUUGUCGUGCCCUCUUCACGACUGUCUUGGUGUGUUUGGACCAUGAUAGUUUUUUGGUGAUGUGGACACCAAGGAACUUGAAGCUCUAAACCUGUUCCACUACAGCCCCGUCGAUGAGAAUGGGGGCGUGCUCAGUCCUCUUUUUUUCCCUGUAGUCCACGAUCAUCUCCUUUGUCUUGAUCACGUUGAGGAAGAGGUUGUUAUCCUGGCACCACACGGCCAAGUCUCUGACCUCCUCCCUAAAGGCUGUCUCAUCAUUGUCGGUGAUCAGGCUACCACUGUUGUGUCGUCGGCAAACUUAAUGAUGGUGUUGGAGUCGUGCCUGGCCAUUCAGUCAUGGGUGAACAGGGAGUACAGGAGGGGACUGAGCACGCACCCCUGAGGGGCCCCCGUGUUGAGGAUCAGCGUGGCAGAUGUGUUGUUACCUACCCUUGUCACCUUGGGGAUGCCCGUCAGGAAGUCCAGGAUCCAGUUGCAGAGGGAGGUGUUUAGUCCCAGGGUCCUGAGCUUUGUGAUGAGCUUUGAGGGCACUAUGGUGUUGAACGCUGAGCUGUAGUCAAUGAAUAGCAUUCUCACGUAGGUGUUCCUCUUGUUCAGGUGGGAAAGGGCAGUGUGGAGUGCAAUAGAGAUUGCAUCAUCUAUGGAUAUGUUGGGGCGGUAUGCAAAUUGGAGUGGGUCUAGGGUUUCUGGGAUAAUGGUGUUGAUGUGAGCCAUGACCAGCCUUUCAAAGCACUUCAUGGCUACAGACGUGAGUGCUACGGGUUGGUAGUCAUUUAGGCAGGUUAUCUUAGUGUUCUUGGGCACAGGGACUAUGGUGGUCUGCUUGAAACAUGUUGGUAUUACAGACUCUGUCAGGGAUAUGUUGAAAAUGUCAGUGAAGACACUUGCCAGUUGGUCAGCGCAUGCUCGGAGUACACGUCCUGGUAAUCCGUCUGGCCCUGCGGCCUUGUGAAUGUUGACCUGCUUAAAAGUCUUACUCACAUCGGCUACAGAGAGCUUGAUCAUAUAGUCAUCCGGAACAGCUGAUGGUCUAAUGCAUGCUUCAGUGUUGCUUGCCUUGAAGCGAGCAUUUAUUUUAUUUUAUUUUUUUGGUCAUUUAGCAGACGUUCUUUUCCAGAGCAACUUACAGGAGCAAUUAGGGUUAAGUGCCUUGCUCAAGGGCACAUCGACAGAUUUUUCACCUAGUCUGCUCGGGGAUUAGAACCAGCGACCUUUCGGUUACUGGCACAACGCCCUUUACCACUAAGCUACCUGCCGGAAGUGAUUUAGCUCGUCUGGUAGGCUUGGGCAGCUUGCGGCUGUGCUUCCCUUUGUGGUCUGUAAUAGGUUUCAAGCCCUGCCACAUCUGACGAGUGUCAGAGCCGGUGUAGUACGAUUCAAUCUUAGUCCUGUAUUGACUCUUUGCCUGUUUUAUGGUUUGUUGGUGGGCAUAGCGGAAUUUCUUAUAAGCGUCCGGGUUAGAGUCCCGCUCCUUGAAAGCGGCAGCUCUACCCUUUACCUCAGUGCGGAUGUUGCCUGUAAUCCAUGGCUUCUGGUUGGGGUACGUACGGUCACUGUGGGGAUGACGUAAUCUAUGCACUUAUUGAUGAAGCCAGUGACUGAUGUGGUGUACUCCUCAAUGCUAUCGGAAGAAUCCCGGAACAUAUUCCAGUCUGUGCUAGCAAAACAGUCCUGUAGCUUAGCAUCUGCGUCAUCUGACCACUUCCGUAUUAACCGAGUCACUGGUGCUUCCUGCUUUAGUUUUUGCUUAUAAGCAGGAAUCAGGAGGAUAAAGUUAUUGUCAGAUUUGCCAAAUGGAGGUAGAGGCAGAGCUUUGUGUGUGGAGUAAAGGUGGUCUAGAGUUUUUCUCCCCUCUGGUUGCACAUAUAACAUGCUGGUAGAAAUGAGGUAGAACGGAUUAAAGUUUCCCUGCAUUAAAGUCCCUGGCCACUAGGAGCGCUGCCUCUGGAUGAGCGUUUUCCUGUUUACUUAUGGCCUUAUACAGCUCAUGGAGUGCAAUCUUAGUGCCUGCAUCGGUUUGUGGUGGUAAAUAGACAGCUACGAAAAAUAUAGAUGAUAAACUCUCUUGGUAAAUAGUGUGGUCUACAGCGUAUCAUGAGAUUCUCUACCUCAGGCGAGCAAAACCUCGAGACUUCCUUAGUAUUAGAUUUUAUGCACCAGCUGUUGUUUACAAAUAUACACAGACCGCCACCCCUUGUCUUACCGGAGUCAGCCGUUCUAUCCUGCAGAUGUAGCGUAUAUCCUGUCAGCUGUAUGUUGUCCAUGUCGUCGUUCAGCCAUGACUCUGUGAAACAUAAGAUAUUACAGUUUUUAACGUUCCGUUGGUAGGAUAAUCGUAAUCUUAGGUCGUCUGAUUUAUUCUCAAAUGAUUGAACAUGGGCUAAUAGGAUUGAUGGAAGAGGCAGUUUACUCGCUCGCCGUCGGAUCCUUACAAGGCACCCCGACCUACGUCCACGAUAUCUCUGUCUCUUUCUCAUGUGAAUGACGGGGAUUUGGGCCUUGUCAGGUGUCUGUAGGAUAUCCUUUGCGUCCGACUCGUUGAAGAAAAAAUCUUUGUCCAAUACGAGGUGAGUAAUUGCUGUCCUGAUAUCCAGAAGCUCUUUUUGGUCAUAAGAGACGGUGGCAGAAACAUUAUGUACAGAAAAAAUUACAAAUAACGGGAAAAAACACACAUAAUAGUACAAUUGGUUAGAGGACGGUAAAACGGCUGCCAUCUUCUUCGGCGCCAUUCAAUGCAGCUUACUGAGACCUAGACCUGUCAGGAUAUCAAUAGAACUUUGUUUAUAGGGAACAUACUUCAAUUCCCUAAUCGGUGAGAUCGAGGUCACAGCCAGUUCAAGCUGUUGGUCUUAUACAAUGACCGCGUCCCCUUAACCCCUCUGCAACCCCAUCUCUAGGUGCUGCUGUCCCUGCAUCUCCUGCUGAUGAUGAAACCACACGUCCUGGCCCGGGUUAGCCGGGAGGUGGCCUAUGGCCUCCAUGAGCUGCUCAAGACCAAUGCUGCCAACAUCCACUGCACAGACGACUGGUUCACCCUUUUCUCCCUAAUCGAGUGCAUCGGGGCAGGGAUCAAACCCCCUGCCUCCUUCCAGGUCACCUCCACUAGCCCAGACAUCGACACAGGUCAGCCUCUUACACACACACACACACACACAUUUACACACACACACACACACACACACACACAAUCACGUGGAAUGGUAGGCUACUUUGUUGGUCUUAGCUACUGAGAAAUCGUAUAAUCUCCUAGUUUAUGGUCAAUUGUAUUUACUUUAUACGAACAGCUCAGCUGUGAUAUUACGAGGCACACAUCCACACUCUUUAAGUGGUGCGUUUGUUUGUCUGUUAAACUGUUGUUUUCAUGUCCCGUUUCCACCUUUGUUCCAGGUGCCCAGUCGGACAGUGAGCUGUCGUUCCACCACCCUAGUGAGGUGAGUCUGGACCGGGGGUACACCUCAGACUCAGAGGUCUACACGGAGCACGGAAAGUCCAGGAUGCCCCGCUCUGUCACUGACGUGGACGUGGCCAGCAGCGGAUGGCUGGUGUUGAGAGCCCCACCCCCCCGACACACACACACACACACGUCCACGUCACCUGCACACACGUUUUUUUGAGUGCUCAUACGAUCAAUUCAAGAUAUCUUCAUAGCGUUGAUACUAUUUUACACUGCUUAUUGUGGAAGGCCCCAGAGUAAUAGUGAAACUUGUGUGUUAUUUUGUCAUAUCAAUGUCAGUCAAUACUCUCAAUGCCUCAACAUACAGCACAUCUCACACAGUGUGUUUAUAUUGGCAGGUUGGGAAAGAUGACCUGGACAUCAGCAAGGUAGCGGCCUCUGGCUCCAAGACCCUGCUAAACCCUCUAGUGAACCAGUACAGCCUGACCCUGGGCCAAGACAUGGGCUUCCACGACACCAAGUCUCUCAUCAAGUGUGUGGAGUCCCUCUCCUUCAUAGUACGCGACGCUGCACACGUCACCCCCGAGAACUUUGAGCUGUGUGUCAAAGCCAUCCGGGUGUUUGUGGAGGCCAGCCUAAACGGAGGUAUGACUUCCUGUUGACUGACAUAAAUUAAUUCCUACUUGUUUGAGGUUCAUUUUGUAUUCUGUCUUUUUCCAAAGUGUUUUUUGUUUUUUUCAUAACAACUAGAAAUCUUCCAACAAUGAAUUCAGCAUUGUAUUUGCCUUUCCAUCAAUGCUGUUUUCCAAGCUAACACGUCAUCAAACUAUGUUUGAGUCAUUUAAGCUUUGACAGUUUGCCAUUUUUGGUGGGUAGUCUUAAAAGCCUUUGGAAGGGGAUCCAAAGGCAUGCCUAUAGAGUGACUAACCUGACUCGGGGCUCCUUGCCUCCUCCACACCAACCCUCUAAUUGAGGACUGUGUCACUCGGCUUCCCUUCUCCACAGCAGUCUGUUAGUGAUCUAGAAAAGACUAAAGUAAAGCCGGGAUUACAGUGGAAGGUGGUGCUGGUGCACUCUGCAGGCCUGGCACUACUGAUAGCCUUUUCAUUUCUCCCAGCGCUCCAGGCCCUUAGAUACCUGCUGUCAACACGGCUUUACACACUUAAUAAUAAAGUUGGGUCGAUCAAGGACCUCAGUUAAGCGCAGCUCUAAUCUAUAUGGGAAGCUAAUGGAAACCGCACAGCCCUGAAACCUGCUAUUACUCAAAGUUGAUAUAGCCUUUUGUUGCCUGGUUUAACAUAAAAGGAAUUUAUUUUUUCCGAAGCGCUAAGUCAUACCUGUCAAAAUAUGACAUCUAUAGAAAUAUCAAUAAAGAUAACUCAGGAUAUAUCUGUAACAAUGGCUAAAACUUUCCCUCCAUCGCCACUGACCUACAGGCUAUAGGACGUAUGAGAAGAAGAAGAACCACAAGUACGACUCCCAGAAGUCCCGUGUGAGGAGGAAGCCCCGGGAGAAGGAAGGGACAUCCCGCCGCGCCAAGGCCUCCAGCCAGAGGCCCUCCCGUUCCCAUAGCGAUGACGAGGAGGACGAGGGGGUCCCUGCCAGCUACCACACGGUGUCAUUACAGGUUAGUCAGGACGUAAGUACCGCAGCCCUCUUUCCCUUCUACCUUGGUCUCUGUGCUGCUCAGGGGCUCUGUUCAGUUGGGUGAAACGUUUAGAACUACAUGACAGACAUUCAUGUCUGUUCUACACAAAAUAAUUAUCUAUCUGAACGUUCUGUAACGUUGUACCCUUCUGAAUGUGCCCCAGGUUUGCUCUCAGGUGUGUGGGGGGAGGUGGGGUUGCGGGGAAAGGUGGGGAUUUUGGGAGAUUUCAGCUCUUUUCUCUCUCUGCAUAUUCAAUUGAGACUGAGACUGAGGCUGAGUGACACACUAUGGUUGUCAUGGCAAUUAAGCGAUCUUCUUCAACUACUAUUCUCAUUUCCUGAAAUUGAUCUAGGUCUGUGACGAUACCAGUAUCGCAAUAUUUUUUUCCUUGGCAAAAAUGAAAACACAAAGCAGACCAAACUCUUUGGUCUGUUUAAAAACCUGCUGUAAGUAAAAUAUUGUAUGCUAUAGCUUGGAAAAUAAAUAAAUGUGACUCUGGAUGACAACAUAAUGAUGUUUGUUUCCAAAAUUAAAUCCGCUUUGUGUUUUGUUUCCUUGCCACGGUACUAACGAGUAUUGCGAUACUGGUAUCAUCCCGGCCCUAUAUGAGUGAUUCAAAGUUACGCUAUCUGUCAGCAAUAAUUGCAAACUCUUUUCAGAACUAACUUGGCACUAAUCAGGUAUUCAUGCUCAGUCGACUAACACUAAUAUUAACCUCUUGCAUUGCCUAUUUUACAAAUGUUCGAUCUUGAAAGGGCUGAAAUGUGAAAUGUCAAUACUCGUUGCUAUAGCUAUUCUAAAUAAAAUGUAACUUGCAAACCUUGACUAAUUAAAUGCUUAAAGAUCUGAUUAUUAUUAUUAUUAGAUAUUCAGGUCUGUGUAAGGUUGCAAAGAGAAGGAAUAUUACCACUAACUUUAGGAAUUUUGGAAACGUUAUUUUUACUCCCAAAAAUGUAUUUUGCAACCCUAGGUCUGUGUAACAUGACUGAAAUAAUGUAGACAUGGAAAACACUAUUGCAUGGAGAUAGUUCCCUUCCAAUGCUUUUGUCUUGUCCACUUCACACCUCUUCUCCAUCAGUAUAUCAAAAUGACAUAAAUAUCAAUACUCUUUUAUCACAGAUCAUAACUUAUUUUAUUAUACACCCAAAUAUAUUGUCUGGAUUAGAAUAAAGUACUUAAGCCGCGUUUAGACAGGCAGCACAAUUCUGAUCUUUUUUCCACUAAUUGGUCUUUUGACCAAUCACAUCAUAUAGUUUUCAGAGCUGAUCUGAUUGGUCAAAAGACCAAUUGGUGGAAAAAAAUAUCAUAAUUGGGCUGCCUGUCUAAGCGCAGCCAUAGAUAUGUAAAUGUUCUUUAAUAUGUGUCUUGCUGCCAGCAAGACAAAACAGACAUUAAGUCAUACGCUCAUGUUUAGAAUCAAGCUGUGAUUAGAUUAGCUAUGACCACACCAUAUUGACAUGGAGUUCCGUGUUUCCCCCUGGUUCAGCUGUUAGAUCUGAUGCACACGCUGCAUACGAGGGCCUCCAGCAUAUACAGCUCCUGGGCAGAGGAACAGCGCCACCUGGAGCCUGCAGGGAAGAAGAUUGAGGCUGACUCCCAGACACUUUGGACCAGCUGCUGGUGCCCACUGCUCCAAGGUCAGAGACUUUAUCCCCUAGUUAUCUAUAAAACCUAUUUACAUAAAGGCACCACUAAACUGUUAAAUAAACACCAUUUAUCAUCGUUUCGUAGUCAUUGGAGGAAUGUUUUCAGUGUCAUUGUGUGAAGCCAAAGGCACAUUUCCUAUUUUCGUGGACAAGGUUUUCACAUGUUAAUCAUUUUUUGCUAAUAUUGGAACUGAUAACUAAUAUUAGGAGAUUCAUAUAAAUAUAAGCUUGAAGGUAAAAAUCACUCCCUAGGUGCCCUUAAUUCACUGAUGACCCCUGAGAGAAUGGACUUAGUGGACUCAGUGAUCUUGUUCUCGCUCCACUAUAGCAUUCAACUAAUCACUCUUGCCAGUCUUAGCUCAAGUAUCCAUACAUUGUGUGAACCCUAUAGGGAUAGCCUGGCUGUGCUGCGACGCCAGGCGGCAGGUGCGAAUGCAGGCCUUGACCUACCUCCAGAGGGCACUGUUGGUCCAUGACCUGCAGACACUAGAUGCUGUGGAGUGGGAGUCCUGCUUCAACAAGGUGAGAGGAGCAUGCUGAACAUCAUUUUUGACAUUCUAAGAUGACCACUGGAAAUUGGUGUGCGUAAGGGGAAUAGUGGGUCACAAGAAUGGCUGCUGAAUGGUUCCUCUGAAAUAGAUGGUGAAAUAUAUGAUUCACUAAAAGAGUAGGCACUUGGGGCCAAAUUCUAGCUUGAAAUGUGCAUUUAUUUGAAAUUCUAUGGCAAAUAUCUCAUUGAAAUCAAUGCAGUAUUAUGGAAAAAUCUCACAUUCGAAAGUAAGUGGGAAAUAACUGGUCUGUCCGUCUAAUGUGAGCGUUGUCAGUGUUAACUGUGUUCUAAGUACUGUAUACUGUGUGCUCCCAGGUGCUGUUCCCCCUGCUGACCAAGCUUCUGGACAAUAUUAGCCCUGCAGACGUGGGAGGCAUGGAGGAGACCAGGAUGAGGGCUUGCACCAUGCUGUCAAAGGUUAGAGUUCAGUCAACACACAACAGGCAUCCAUUUCAAAGUGUGAAAUCUGAUAUUUUGUCAGACUGUGUUCAGACCGUUGGGUUAGACUCUCCUACAACUGUCUGUUGCCUUUGGGGUGUUCUUUUUUAGAGAAAUUUACAUAUUUGCUCAAUCCUUCCACUGUCUAGCACUUCUCAUCUGUCUAAACAGUGAUAGUAUAAUAUACUGUAUCAAGUAGUGCCUGUCUACCCAUGCCAUCUCUGCAUAUCUCACCGUUUUCCAUUGCUCUGCUCUACCCUAGGUGUUCCUACAGCACCUCUCUCCCCUGUUGUCUCUGUCCACCUUCGCUGCCCUGUGGCUCACCAUCCUGGACUUCAUGGACAAGUACAUGCACGCUGGCUCCAGUGACCUGCUGGUAAGGAUGCCUGAUAUUACACAGUAGCACAUGUCGAUUUGAACUCCUAUUAGCUCAGGUGCUUCUAACUAGUCUAGCAAAUCUUAACAUUUUAGAACUUUCCAAUCUGAGUGGUCAAACUCAAAGGAGGGCAAACAAGAAGAAAGGAAAAUAAAUACGGGUCUUUAAGUAAUAGUUCAUGUUGAUUUCUAUACAGCUCAUUUCAAUGAGUGGUUUUUCCAUCUAUAUGUGUGUGAUUGCGUGGCUAAUUGGCUGGUUGUUGUCACCCCCCUCCCAGCUGGAGGCCAUCCCAGAGUCUCUGAAGAACAUGCUGCUGGUGAUGGACACAGCAGGAAUCUUCCACAGCGCUGACUCUCGUACGGGAUACUCUGACCUGUGGGAGAUCACUUGGGAACGCAUCGACUGCUUUCUGCCUAACCUCCGGGAAGAGCUCUUCAAACAGACAGUCAUACCACAACCAGGUACUGGACUGCACACCUGCUUCUAUUAAGGCCCUGUUUUCUCAGAUAUGUACUCUGCUUUCAGAGUAUUAACAAUGUAGGUUAUCUGGAUCUGUAUUGGCCGUACAGCAUUUACUGCGAUGCGGCCUCUGCAGAAGUCAGGGCCUUCAUACUUCUUUGCAGAGCUGUUGUGAAGGAAGUUGUCAAGGAAGUGAGUUGUGUUUAUACAGGACAUACCACCCCCACCUACCGUCAACCAAUCAUGUCAAUGUGGAGCUAUACAGAGACCUCCGCAUUGUUACAAAAUCUGGGAGGCACAUGGUGAUGCGGUACGGAGCUUGAUUUGGCCUCUGCAAGCCUCCGGAGGCGCCACGUUUGCAUCACACCCUCCAUACGGAGCCUCCGGACUGCAUUUUCCAUAUCAAGCAUAAAUCGGCUUUUCGAAUACACAGCCUACAUGUUUUUCAUGAUUUAUACUUAGCCUUGUUUCAAUGGCUGUCUGUGCUCUGUGUCCAUAGAUCCUGCUCCUAGUUCCCCAGUCGAGCUUGCCCAGCCGGCUGCCCCCGGCCCCCCAGCCUCGCCACCCUCAGCCCAGGCCCCAUCUCCUGUGCCAGUGCCAGCUGCCCCCACAGAGCCAAAGACCUCCAGCAGACCAGUGUCGCCUCAAGAUCCCCCACCACCUAGUACCAACGGUAACCAUGUUAACAUGGCCAAAGAUUAAAACUGGCCAACGCCAACGAUCAAUGAAUCAUUUAGUCAAUGUCAGUUUCAUAGCAAACAAUCAAUGAAUGAAUCAAUGUCCUCUCUUCUCUUCCAGGAAUAGACAGAUCAUCUCCAGUGCCCCCGUCGACUCCCCCCAUGCCCACCCCAGUGAAGAUGUCCCCCCAGAUCUCUAGGCCACUGAUCCAGUCCCCCACGAGUCAGUCUCCCCCUCAUCCUGCAGCCCCUGGCCUCCCAUCUGCAGGUGGGGGGCGUGCCCCCUAUGUCCCUCCCCAUCAUCCUCAACCCUGCCCUCAUUGAGGCCAGCUCCCCUGUCCCCCUGCUCCCCGCCCCCCGCCCCACUGACCCUAGUGACACCCCAGAGGUCAAA